CCCGUGGGCCCUUGGAGGCAGUCUGAGCGACAGCCGAGAUGGCCAACUGACGUGGCAGGCGCGAUCCAAGGCGGGACGCUGCGUGCGGAAGCCGCCCGGGGCCGUGCGGGAGCGGAGGGCGCCGGCCGGGAAGGCAGGUUCCCUUGACCCCGGACCCCCCUGUUCCCAGGCUAUGGCCCCCAGUGCCCUGUAGACCUGGCGCGACUCCCGUGCUUUCGACCCCUAUUUGGGGCCCUGGGUGGCUACUGGAGGGCCUUGCAGAGGGGCAGAGAAGGCAGGACCAUGGCAUCUAGGGCCUCUGAACCUCCCUCAGGGCGCAGCGUGACGGCGGGCAUCAUCAUUGUUGGAGAUGAGAUCCUCAAGGGACACACUCAGGACACCAACACCUACUUUCUAUGCCGGACACUGCGCUCCCUGGGGGUCCAGGUGUGCCGGGUCUCUGUCGUACCCGACGAGGUGGCCACCAUCGCGGCAGAGGUCACUUCUUUCUCCAGCCGCUUCACCCACGUCCUCACGGCAGGGGGCAUCGGCCCCACUCACGAUGAUGUGACCUUUGAGGCGGUAGCACAGGCCUUCGGGGAUGAGCUCAAGCCUCACCCCGAGCUGGAAGCGAACAUCCGAGCCCUCGGAGGGAAGGGCUGCGAGAAGCUGUCCGUAGUGCCCUCCUCCGCCCGCCUGCAUUACGGCACAGACCCUCACACGGGCCGGCCCUUCAAGUUCCCGCUGGUCUCCGUCCGAAAUGUCUACCUCUUCCCAGGCAUUCCCGAGCUGCUGCGGAGGGUGCUGGAGGGACUGAAGGGGCUGUUCCGAAACACGGCGGUGCAGUUCCACCUGCGGGAGCUGUACGUGGCCGCCGACGAGGCCUCCAUCGCCCCCGUGCUGGCUGAGGCGCAGGCCCACUUUGGGCGCAGGCUCGGCCUGGGCUCCUACCCCGACUGGGGCAGCAACUACUAUCGGGUGAAGCUGUCGCUGGACUCGGAGGAAGAGGGGCCGCUGGAGGAGUGCCUGGCCUACCUGACUGCCCGUCUGCCCCCGGGAUCGCUGGUCCCCUACGUGCCCGACGCCGUGGGGCAGGCCAGGGAGGCUGUCUACCAGCUCGCAGAAUCAGGGUCUCCUCUGGGGGGGAAGGUGGCAGGCGCCCUGCAGACCAUUGAGACCGCCCUGGCUCAGUACGACCUCAGCCACCUUUGUGUGGGCUUCAAUGGAGGCAAGGACUGCACGGCCCUCCUGCACCUCUUCCACGCGGCCGUGCAGAGGACACGCCCCGAUACUCAGGAGCCCCUCCAGAUCCUGUACAUCCGCAACAUCUCCCCCUUCCCCGAGCUGGAGCAGUUCCUACAGGACACCAUCAAGAGGUAUAAUCUGCAGGUGCUGGAGGCCGAGGGCCACAUGAAGCAGGCCCUGUGUGAGCUGCAGGCCCGGCACCCCCGGCUGGAGGCCGUCCUGAUGGGCACCCGCCGCACCGACCCCUACUCCUGCAGCCUCCACCCCUUCAGCCCCACGGACCCCGGCUGGCCUGCCUUCGUGCGCGUCAACCCGCUGCUGGACUGGACCUACAGAGACAUCUGGGACUUCCUACGGCAGCUGUUUGUCCCGUACUGUGUCCUAUAUGACCGAGGCUACACGUCGCUGGGGGGCCGCGAGAACACCGUGAGGAACCCGGCCCUGAAGUGCCUGAGCCCGGGGGGCCAGCCCACCUACCGGCCAGCCUACCUCCUGGAGAACGAAGACGAGGAGAGGAACUCGCGCACGUGACCCCGAGCAGCCAGAGGGAGGCCGCCCUGGGGUGUCCCCUGUCAAUAAACCGCCUCUUGCGUGCCUGCUG